GUUGAGGUGGUAACAAUGAAGGUGAUCGCUGCAUAUUUGUUAGCUUUAUUGGGAGGCAACAAAUCUCCUUCUGCUGAAGAUUUGAAAGCCAUUCUUGGUUCAGUCGGAGUUGAGGCAGAUGACGACAAAAUUGAAUUGCUCUUGAAAGAAGUGAAGGGUAAAGACAUCACAGAAUUGAUUGCAUCCGGAAGGGAGAAGCUGGCUUCAGUUCCUUCUGGUGGCAGUCGGGUUGCUGUUGCUGCUGCAAGUGGCGGAGGCGCUGCACCUGCUGCCGCUGCAGCUGAGACAAAGGAGGAGGAGAAGGUUGAAGGGAAAGAAGAGUCUGAUGAUGAGGAUAUGUGUAUGAGUCUAUUCGAUUAAGGGCUUUUGGUUUUCUAUCAUCAAUUAGUGAUUAGCAUGCUUCCUUUUUGUUAUCCUUGUUCACUUUUUUUUUCUGGUACUAUCAGAGUUUCUUGAACCUUGCUAAAACGUAUAGAGUUUCAGUUAAAGAUAAGAAUUUAUUAGCCAAUCGGUUAUGUUUCAACAUAUCUGUGGUUUUUGUUUUACAAUG